AUGGCAACAAAUGAGUUGGUUUCAAAGGAGGAAUCAAGAGUUAUUAAUGAGAAAUGGGAUAAUGACGAUCUUGCCACUGUGAGAAUUAAAAUAUUUCGAGGUCACACAGAGAGUGUCGGCAGUUGUCAGCUGAUUCAGAACUCUGAGAAAGUCUUCAGUGCAUCAGACGACUGCAGUGUUCGGCUAUGGGAUACCAGUACAGGAGAAUGUUUACGAUGUUACAAAAACUUGCAUACAGGAAAUAUAUCCCAGGCACAUGCCACAUUACAGGGCAGCAGAUUUGUAACUUGCAGUUGGGACAAGAAAAUGAAAUACUGGGAUACAGAAUCAGGAAAGUGUAUUCUAGAAAGCUCACAUGAUGAUUUUUUGACCUGCUGUAGUAUCUCUCAUAAAGAAAAACUUAUCGCUGUUGGAUCAGACUUGGGAAGAGCUUUAAGAGUGUAUGAUGUAGAUAGUGGUCUUCUAGUUCAUGACAUCAAAGGACACCAUGGCGGUACAUUAACAAGUGCCAUAUUUGCUUCCACUGAUGACAAAGUUAUCACAACAUCUAUGGAUAAGACAGCAAAGGUCUUUGAUCUUAUCACAGCAAACACCACCAUCAAACUAGAAGGUCAUAGCAACGUAGUCUCUGACUGCUCAAUUACAGAAAAUGGACAGAAAUUUGCUACUGCAUCCUGGGACAAAACUGUUCAGCUAUGGGAUGUUGCAACUGGGAUGUACAGGUCUAAAGGUCCUGCAGUUCUGAAAGGAAUCCAUGAUGGAUCUGUCAGCUGUUGUGAAUUCAGUAAAGAUGGUCUUCUUCUUGUAUCUGGCUCAUAUGACACAAGUAUAGUUGUCUGGGAUGUUGAAAACAGAGUUCAGAAGCUGAAACUCCAGGGGCACACCGACUGGCUAAAAUAUGUCUGCUUUAGUGAAGAUCAAAACUGGAUUCUUUCAUGCUCAAAGGAUAUGACUCUGAGGUUAUGGAACAUCUCGGAGGCUGACCAGAUACCGAUUGUUCUGCAGAACAAGAAGACUGUUGGUGUCAAGGUUAUAAAAUGCUCAAGAUGUGGGAAACCCUUCUCAAUGUCUCAGCUAGAAAGUUUCAGGGAUAUAACUGUGUGUGUCUUCUGCCGACUGACCAACCCCUCAAAAUCCUGGCUGACCAUCAGUGACCCAUAA